GUGCACCAAAAUCUCUGUUCCUUUUCCCUUUGAUAGCCCAUCCGUCUUCCCUUACGAGUUAGCCUUGAAUUUCGCGGAAGAAAUUCGGGUUUUCCCCCGAAAAUACUGAGGGUUUAACGCGAAUCUCGAUCUGGGUUGUGUCAAUUCAAGGCUGUAGCUUCCCUUGUUCUUGCCGGCAUGGAAUCUGUCUCAAUGUCAGAGACUGCUUUAAUGCGAACCGCAUAUUGGAGAUAUGUGCCAUGUUCCAGACAGUCUUCUGGGGUUAGGAUCUCACCAGGAAUUUGCUCUUGCAAGGUCGAGGGAGGGAGGGCCUUAUCUUCGAAGAGCGUUCAUUUCUGGAAGAGCCCGUCUGCUUCAACUGCAGAUUCCGGGUUAAUGCGCGAUGGCAACAGCACAAGACAUGAACGAUUGCUUCACGCCUAUGACGAUGAGUACGGCGGAGUGGUCGUUGAUCCGGAAAGAUUACCAUCUGAUCCCUCCACUUUUGUCUCUGUGCUCCGUUCCUCUCUCUCUCAUUGGAGAAGAAAGGAGAGGAAGGGAGUGUGGCUCAAGUUACCAGUGGAACGCUCAGAGCUUGUUCCGGUGGCUAUAAAGGAAGGGUUCGAGUAUCAUCAUGCAGAGAAAGGAUAUGUGAUGUUAACUCAUUGGAUUCCGGAAGGGCCUUCUAUGCUUCCUGCUAAUGCCUCACACCAAGUCGGCGUCGGAGGCUUUGUCGUCAAUGACCAUAAAGAGGUUCUGGUGGUACAAGAGAAGUACUGCGCUCCAGCACUCUCCGGUCUAUGGAAACUACCAACUGGAUUCAUCCACGAGUCGGAGGAGAUAUUCUCGGGGGCCAUGAGAGAAGUCAAGGAAGAAACAGGGAUAGACACGGAGUUUGUAGAGGUUAUAGCCUUCAGGCACGCUCACAACGUUGCAUUCCAGAAAUCUGAUCUCUUCUUCAUCUGUAUGUUGAGGCCUCUAUCCACCAAAAUCAUUGUGGAUCAUCUUGAAAUCCACGAUGCCAAGUGGAUGGCGUUGGAGGAGUUUGUGGAGCAACCGGUGACAAGAGGAGACAAGAUGUUGAAGAGGGUGAACGAGAUCUGCAUGGCCAGAUUGGGUCGCCGUUACUGCGGGCUGUCUGCUCAUCGCCUCGUCUCCGCCUUGGAGGGCAAACCUGCCUCCCUCUAUUACAACGUUGUCGACCACAACGACAGCUGUCUUGGCAAUUGACCCUGUCUAUCUAUGUAUAUAUUGAUAUGGAUCAAAUGUAAAUCUAUCAAACUUAAACUAAUGCAUCGAUGAACACACGUACUGUCGGUGAGAAUAUCAUAAAGAAGGUGGGGAUGCGUCAUUUAUCAAGAUUUGGCUUUCUGACUGUAAAAGUUUCCAUUUCCCUAAUCUUAUUCCAAUAAUAAAUCAGAGAUUCAUGUGAA